UUAUAACUUCGUAUUCUAUCAAACAUUGAAGUAUAAAUUUCGGAAUAGAGUUUGAAAUAAAUUAAUAAUAAUAAAUGGGGCAACUUUCUGACUUCGUCUUCCUGUCCUACUUUCUUGCCAGGUCACCUGUUUUCCGCUCGAGGCCAUACUCAAACACACAGUUGAAGUCUCUCCGUGAUUCGAUUCGCUAGACGAAGAAUAGCUCGGCUCUAAUGUUUCUUGCUUCUGAUCUACAGUUGUAUUCCUGGAAGAUUAUUGAUCAAGGUUCUGCUGAUUCCUUACUACCCAAUCUUGAUUUCGUUGACCCACUUCGAUUUCUGGGUGAUCUCGAAACUGUGCAUUCGUUGAAUUUCCACUAUUUUUCUAAGGUUUUUCUGCUGACUAUACUUCAACACGAUUGUUGCCUCUCCCAGGAGACAUGCCUUUUUGCAAUUGGAAGCUUUGGCGAACAUUCAGCCGAGACAACUCCUCUGACAAAAUGGUUGAUGUAAGGCUUCCUGAUGUCAUUGAGGAGCCUCGACUGCUGGAGCAUGUUGUUCAACCAAGCUAUGAGCAUGUUCGAGAGGUGCUUCCCCUGCUUGGGCACAACUCUCUGUCGAAUCUUAUUGCUACCUACUUUGAAUAUAGUGCACAUGCAUCGCGCCUGUGCGUCCUCCUCAUACAUAGCAUCCACCGUGCUCGCCUUAUGUAUACAACCCUACAUAAACUUCUUGAUGACCUUCCCCUGGAGUCCGACAGUCUCUCCUAUUCUAGAUUCAAUUUGGAGGGUGCAAUUCUUGAGUUUGGCCGUUUUGAAAACCCCUUUCACUCCCCUGACGCUCAGAGCUUUGGUGAUAUGCUGAACCACUUCUCCCAGCUCAAGCAGCAGCUAAAUCAGCAUUUCAGAAAGUCACGGUUCAAACUCAAUCUCACACGCCACUGCUUUAAAGAAAUGAGCCAUCAAGCUGUAAUCGAUACUACUGCAGCAAGGAAUGUUUAUGUCCUUUGUAUGAAUCUAGCCACUAUUGAUCGCAUGAUGUCCCGUCUGCAUGAAGCAUUUGAACUUGACAAACUUCUUAGUAGAUUGGGAUUGGAGAGGGUUAUGGAUAGAUACGUGCUUGAGGAAGUAUUGAAGCAACUUAGAAAAAAUAGUCAUAGUUUUUCUCUACAGCUUGUAGAGCUUGAGGAGUCUUUAUGCCUAUGUCUUGCUACAAUCAACCGGGGCCGUACACAACUUCUUCAACAAAUACAAGUAUCAUAAUCAAGUUCGAUAUCCAAUGCUAAUGAACAUUCAUUUCAUUGUGUGCGAAUCAAAUGAUACAGAAGAGAAGUGGUUUAUUCCCUUCGUGUAAAUUUCAUCUCAGGUUUACAUCGUCAGAGGUCACAUCCUCAUAGAAGUCUGCUAAUAUCACAAUGCCAACGCCAGUUUGAGUGUUAAGCCUCUAUCAUGGAUAUGGCCUUGUGAUUGUGAAUUGAGGUCUCUCUUCUGACAAAAAUGGCUGCCAUUGAGGAACCUCCAUUGUUGAGACAUUCAACUGGGCCAUGAAUGUGUUUCAGGACACACUUUCAAUGAUUGGGGACAAUCUUGUUCCAAUCUUAUUGCUAACUACUUUAAAUCUACAGAGCAUGCAUCGAGUUGAUCCCUCUUUAUCUGCCAGGUAUACGCUGUACCCCCACCUCAUGUAUAUCUUCACUUGAAAUUGGAGGUGGGUGUGGAUAGGGAUCUCAUUCAAGCGUUAUUGAAGCAUUUUCGAAUAAAACAGCCACUUCUGUGCAAUGGCUAGAGGUAUUUGGGAACCAAUUAGUCCUAGUCUCAUGAAUAUCAUCCAGAACCAGUCAAAUCUUCUUCGAAAGAUUCAGAUGCAUUGCAAGAAAAGUUUGCUUUCUGCCACACUGAGUAAGCUGCUGAUGAUUUGAAACAUUUAAAUGGCUACAUUUUACCUGCCUGUGCAAGACAUCGGUAAAAAGUAUCAAAUUUAAACCUCAAUGAUUGUUUAGUUGAAUGAUUGAGCAAAGCAGAAUGUCAUGAUACUUUGGUUGUUAAUAGAAAGAUGAUUAUUACCCCACAGCACUCCUCAGGCAUGAAAGAAAUAUUCAAGUAUGGUGUGCAAAUGAAUGUCCCUUUCUUGUAGCGUUUUUA